CGGAUGCAUAUAAAAGCAACACUGCAAGAGCUUUCAUUCUCAAACAUAAAUACAAAAGUCUCAAAUACAUAAUAAUACCAACAAGAAUGGAACAAAUUCAAAAGUCACAAUCAGCACCUGAACGUGUUUACAAAGAUUUGCAACCUUAUUUUGAUUGGACUGAAGAUGAAGCAAGUUCCACUCUUGUCCUAAUGCUUCCAGGAUUCACAAAGGAACAAUUGAGAGUGCAAGUGACUUCAAAUGGUGUGUUAAGGAUCAAUUGUGAAAGGCAAGGGAUUGAGAAUAUAUGGCAUCGUUUCGGUAAAGAAUUUCCGAUUCCUCCAUAUUGUGACACCAAGAACGUGGAUGCCAAGUUUGAAGGUGGAGUGCUAUCAGUCAAGUUUCCCAAGUUGAUCACCCCGGAAAAUAAGCCUCAACAACAAGAAACUAUGACGAAUCCACCACAAGAAGAAGCUUCGAUGGCGCGUCAAAAUAGUAAUGAACCUAAGGCGCCACCACAAGCACAAGUGGUUGAUGAACAAGAAGAGACGCCAAAGGAAAAAGAAUCAAUUAAUGAUGAAAAAGCAAAGAGCAAAAUAGAUGAACAAGUUGAGAAAGAUCGAGAGAAUGAGAGGACUAACGAUGGGUUAUCGGAGACGAAAGAAGUUGUUAAAGCCGUUGAAGGUUGGGGUAAGCGGCAAGGCAAGAUGACACAAAGAUUGAAAACAAGAAUUUUGGAUUUUAAUAUAAGUUUGAGAUCAAGAGAUGAUAAGGAUGUUGAUGAAUUGGGUUUUGGUGACACAAAGCCUAAGAAAGGGAAGAUGUUGAUGAACAUGUUUGUGGCAACCUUGCUGGUUUUGGUGCUUGGUGUAUAUGUCAAAAAUGCAGUGUGGUCAUCAUCAUAAGCAUCUCAAGGAGAAUCAAAUAAAUUUUAAUAUCACUUACAUUUCAAUUUCAAUUCUUGUAAAUGCAUAUACAACUUCAAUAAAGGAAUAAAACAAUGAGUUUGAAUA